AUGCGGCGUCGCUACGCCUCUGCAGUCGCGGUUCUGCUGGAGUUUUGGAAGUUGCAUCAAUGUGGGCCACGCGUCUUGGAGCAAGUGGAUGCAGCAGUGGCAAUGUUUCUAGAGCACGUCUUUUCCGAAGGCGAACAUAAAUCGCUCAGCAAUGACACGUUGGCCGGAUUGCAGUUUUUCAUGCCGUCAAUCAGAAAGCGACUGCACUAUACUCAUGGAAGCUGUGCAAAGUUUGGCAUCGCAUUGAGCCGCCUCAGCGAGCAGAUGCAGCACAUUUCUUUCAUCAAAGGUCGGGCUGUCCUUUGUUUGCCUUCCACAAAAACGUCUAAGCGCUCGGGCAACCAGGAGAUGGUUGUUGUGGAGAGCGUUUUGGCUAAUGCAGCGCUGCGGUGCGUUGUUUGUGAAUCCUCCGGCCUGCUCUUGCCUGACGGAGCAGCUCACUUCCGAAAAGUCUUUCAUGCUUUGUGUCGUGCUUUUGAUCUUGAUUUUCACGUCACGCCGUACUCCUUGCGUAGGGGCGGUGCCACGUAUGCCUUCCUGCUGCAUGGUAGCAUGGAAAAGUGUUUGUUGCGUGGCCGUUGGGCCAGCUCUUCUUCAGCCAGAAUCUAUCUGGCCGAUGCGAUUGCCACAGUUCGUUUCCUGCAGCUGUCACCCAAGCAGCUGGGUUUGGCCGCUGCUGCAGCAGAGGCCCUUAAGCUGAAUCUCGGCCUCUAG